AUGGACUUAUCUGAUUCAAUUCUUGCUUUGGAAGGGAACUUCACCCUUCCAACAACUCUUAAAGAAGAUGUUGAGGCAGUGCAAAUUUGUGGGGGCCUAUCUGGCUUGGAAGCUGAGCUGCAGCAAGUUAGAGAUUUGAAGAGGGUGAAUCAGGAAUUGCUGGUCCAGACGGAGGAACUCUUGCAGAAAGAAGCGAGAGAAGAUGCUCAGCUUAGGAGCCAAUUUGGUACACGGUGGACUAGGCCACAGUCCAGUACUUCAACAAAGAACUUGCAGGAUAGGUUAAAUAGAUUUGCAGCAAAUUUGAAGCAAGCUGCAGAAAGUGAUGCCCGUAUUGAGCGUUCAGUGAGAGAUCAUACAGCUCUCAUGUCAAUCCUUGAUCGCCGUCGGGAUGAUAUCUUGCCAAAGUUGAUGACUUCCACGGGCUCUUAUGAGGAUCUUUUUAGAAAGGAGAUAGCGAAGUAUGAUCACAUUUGCGAAGAAAUUGGGCAGAAUAUUGAGGCACAAGAACAAUUAUUGAUACAAAUUCAGGCUCAAAAGACGACUUUGCUGCUAUAUUCAAUCUUGAAGAUUAUAAAGCAUCUCGAGAGAAGAGCUACUAGCAGAUCGAAGCUGCCAUAGCUAAGUUCUGCGAAAUUUAAGAGAACAUCAGUGAGGGACUGAAGUUCUAUGUUACUCUUCAGGACUUUUUAACGAUGUCAUUAAACAUGAAUUGAUUUACAUUUGCCUUUGUCAAACAAGAUGCCAUCACAAACGUAAAGCAGCAGUGCAGUGAUUUUGUAAUGACCAGAAGCAUACAGGCCUCAAUUUCCAGGAUGGUAAGAACACAGGUGCUUACAACUACCCUACAGCUGGACAGCCUUAUCAAAAUCAAAGAUCCAAUUCCCAACAGCAAACCGACACAGGAACGUGCCGCCUCCUCUUCCCCAAGCACCACCACCUUACUACCAGCCCACCGAGCAGCCAACAAUGCCUGGAUAUGCUCACCCCCCUCCCACUUAUGGCUCUUCACAGCCCCCGCCGCCUCCUUAACAUGUGCCAGCUGCAGGUCCUCCGUAUCCACCACCGCAGCACCAACAGCAACCAGCAGUCGGCCAUGAGUACAGCCAACCUGCUUAUCUUGGGUGGCGUGGUCCAUACUACAAUACGCAGCCACAGUAACCCAGAUCUUUUCCUCGACCUCCUUACAACGUUCCUUCUGCAUAUCCUCCUUCCCACCAGAGUGGCUACUUUAAACAAUAGUCGGUCGAUCCAAUGUCUGUUAUUCGACGUAUAGUUUGACGGUAUAUGUUGUUGCCAGAUAUCAUUCUAUGGUCUCUGUAGGAUUGAUUGGAUUAAGCUAGAUUUCUUCUCACACAUGGCUGUCCACUGGUUUGCGUAAGAUGUUGUACGGGGAUUGAAUCUUCAUGUUCAAAGUAUAUUUGUAUUAUAGGUUGUUGCUUUUCCUA